UGUGUUAUACUCUUUGCAGCUUUGCACUACGUUUAGCCUGUGCCUGUGUAUCGUGUGUAUUGUAAUAUUUUUGAAAACGCCGGUUUAUUGACGAAAAAGUGAAUUCUAUUCUAUUAUAUUAAAGCUAUAGGAAACAGGAAUGGCCUUCAGUGAAAUUUGUAGAAUUUGUUUAUGCGUUAAUGUACGCAUGUUUGUACUAAAGAAGAGUCUCCGAAAUUUGUACAAAACAUUGACGAACACUUUCAUGGAUGAGGAUGAGGAGCCCAUAAUUGUCUGUUUCACCUGUCAUGCAAGACUCAUUCGUUGCAGAACAUUACAACAGCAGGCUAUUGAGUCUAAUGCAGUUCUGGAGCAGUUGCUUGCAGGAGGGUCCAUGUCAAUACCAAAACCGCAUGAGGCUAGAUAUAAGAUUCAAUUCACACCAAUUAGUCAUAUAGAUAUCAGGCCAGUAGAGUGUGAUACUGAUGGAGAAAAUGAUUGUAAGAACGAAAUGUUUAGCCUUGAAUCUGUUAAAGUUGAGGAAGAGAAUUUCGAAAAUGAGAAUUCCAAAUUUGAAGAAAGUGGGAAUCAUGAAACAGAGAGUGCUGAAAAACAAGAAGAUUUGGAGAUUGAUGCUUUUGAAGUUAGACAUACGGAUUCGGAGAACGAUUUGCCGCUAAUUGCAUUUGGUUCAAAGAGCAAAAAGGAUGACGAUGACAUAGAAACUUCUGAGAAGAAGAUUAAAUCAAAUUCUACUGAUUGUAACAUAAACGAUGUUCGUGAAGAAGACCUCGAUUUGGAAAGCCCUCCUAUUGAAUCAAACCCUAAAAUGAAACAAGAUAAUCAACCAAUUAAUAAAAAAGGAAAGCAUCCUGCAAAGAUAAUGAAAAAGAAAAUUUUGAUACAAAAAAGUGUAAAUAUACUUAAGAAAAAAACAUCUGGGACGUCAACUAAGUACAUUUUUGAAUGUGAUGGUUGUAGUAAAAAAUUUUCAACAAAAGACAUUCUCGCCAAACACAUUUCAUACAGUCAUAAGACGCAAAAGAACUCAGACACCACUGCAGUUGGAACACAAGUUGAACAAACUCCAGUACCACAACAAACAGAAAUGUUUAAUUGUGAUAUUUGCGAAUUCAAAACAUCUCAAAAACGUUACAUUUUGGCACAUCUUAAAGCGCACGUCGUUAAACAAAUGUACUGUUGUAAUAAUUGUGAAAAUGAAUGUAUUAGAAAAAGUGACUUGCAAACACAUAUGAAAAUACAUUUCGGAGAAAAACCUUUUUCGUGUAAUAUGUGUGAAUAUAGAUUUAUUACAAAAAGUAGUUUCCAAAGGCAUAUGAAAAUACACACCGGUGAAAAACCUUUUUCGUGUAAUAUCUGUGAAUAUAGAUGUAUUACAAAAAGUCGUUUGCAAGAACAUAUGAAAAUACACACCGGUGAAAAACCUUUUUCGUGUAAUAUCUGUGAACAUAGAUUUAUUACAAAAAGUAACUUGCAAAGACAUAUGAAAAUACACACUGGUGAAAAACCUUUUCCGUGUAAUAUCUGUGAAUAUAGAUGUAUUACAAAAAGUAAUUUGAAAACCCAUAUGAAAAUACACACCGGUGAAAAACCUUUUUCGUGUAAUAUCUGUGAAUAUAGAUGUAGUACAAAAAGUUAUUUACAAACACAUAUGAAAAUACACACCGGUGAAAAACCUUUUUCGUGUAAUAUCUGUGAAUAUAGAUGUACUACAAAAAGUUAUUUACAAACCCAUAUGAAAAUACACACCGGUGAAAAACCUUUUUCGUGUAAUAUCUGUGAAUAUAGAUGUACUAUAAAAAGUUAUUUACAAACACAUAUGAAAAUACACACCGGUGAAAAACCUUUUUCGUGUAAUAUCUGUGAAUAUAGAUGUAUUACAAAAAGGCGUUUGAAAGAACAUAUGAAAAUACACAAAGGUGAAAAACCGUUUUCGUGUAAUAUCUGUGAACAUAGAUUUAUUAGAAAAUGUGAUUUGCAAACCCAUAUGAAAAUACACACCGGUGAAAAAAACUUUUUCGUGUAAUAUCUGUGAAUAUAGAUGUAUUAAUAAAGGUAAUUUGCAAGCACAUAUGGAUAUACACACCGGUAAAAACCGUUUUCGUGUAAUAUCUGUGAAUAUAGUAUUGAAACGCGGUAUUAGUUGUGACAAGACUGACAAUUAUUUUUAAAAGGUACAAGUCAUUCUACAUUACCACAGUAAACAUGAGCAUUGCCAUUUCACACCUAAUAGAGCUAGUAGUACACAUUAUUUUGAUAAUCUAUAACACCUCCACUUAUCGAAAUAAUCCAAACAUGGUAUAAAUUAUUUGUACAGAACUUGUAUAUUAUAUUAACCCAAGUAGGUACACAACUCUAUCUACUAUUUAAUGUACAUCAAAAAAAAAAAUAAGUAAACAUCAAACAAUGUUGUGCAUGCCUAAUUGUUUAACAAAUUGGUUGUGUUUAUUAUUACUUAAACCCUUGGUUAAAAGGUCUGCUGGCAUUUCAGAAGAUGACAGAUAAACUAUUUAACAAUAUUACCAGCAACAGCCUCUCUAACAAAAUGGUGACAAAUGUCAAUAUGUUUUGUUCUCCUAUGGAACAAAAGGUUCUCUGUUAAUUUUUGAGUACCUUGAUUGUUAUUGUACAGGAUAAUUUUAUAAUUACAGCCAACAAUUUCGUACAUUAAGCUUUUUAAAUAAAUUGCCUCCUUACAGGCCUCUGAUAUUGCCAUGUACUCACUUUCUGUGCUUGACAGUGCUACAGUUUGCUGUUUUUUGCACUCAUAUGAUAUUACAGCUCCAGAAAAUUUAAAACAGAAACCUGUAUAAGACAUUCUAUCGAUAUUAUUAAAGCCCCAGUCAGCAUCUACAAAGCCUUCUAAAUUUUUAUUAUCCUUAGUAUACAUUAAACCAUAUGAUUUAGUUUUCUUUAAGUAUUUUAAUAUUCGCUUUGCAUGUCUCCAAUGGACUGCUGCAAAACAAUUAUUAAAUUGGCUUAAAUAACUGAUACUAAAACUAAUAUCUGGGCGUGUUAGGAUAGAUAGAUACAUUAAGCUUCCAAUUAGCUGCUGAUAAGGAUAUUGUGAACUAACAUUGGGAUAUCCACACCAUUGCAAUCUAACAUAUCAAAUUUCUUAAGAAUAUUAUCAACAAAUUGCUCUUGAUCCAAUGAUAUGCUGCCAUCUUUAUACAUCCUAACCCUCAUACCCAAAUAAUUUUUUACUUGCCCUAAAUCUUUAAUUUUGAAAUUUAACAUUAAAUCUUUUUUUUAAGUCUAAUUGUCAUAGUGCUACUAUUUGAAAAUAUGAUAAAAUCAUCGACAAACACAUUUACAAAAAUCUGCUCCUUGUUUUUCUUUUUACUAUACAAGCAUGGUUCUAGUUUUGACUUUACAUAACCUAAUGCUAGUAAACAAUCAUUAAGUUGUUGAUUCCAGGCUCUGGCAGAUUGUUUCAACCCAUAUAUAGCACGUUUCAAUUUCAAAACAAUAUUACUUUUACAUUUUAAGUUAGGAGGAACUUGCAUGUACACAUUUUCAGUUAGACAGCCAUUUAAGAAUGCAGUUGUUACAUCUAGAUGGGUGACUUUGAAAUUUAAUUUAACACUUAUUGCAAAUAACAACCCCAGAGUUGAGUAUCUAAGAACAGGAGAGUAGGUAUCACUAUAGUCUACACCCUCGGUUUGGGUGAAGCCCUUUGCAACUAAACGAGCUCUGAAUCGCACUUUGUUGUCACUUUCAUGUUUCACUUUAAACACCCACCUGCACUAAACCACUCUGUCUGCCUCUUUUUUAUCCACCAGUUCCCAAGCCUGGCUUUCUUCAAAAGCUUUCAGUUCCUGCUCCAUUGCUUGCUUCCACAUUUUUUUAUCUGGCCCUUUCAUCGCCUCCUCAUAUGUCAAAUCAUCAUUCCAAGAUUUCUGCUUGUCAGCUAUGCUAAGAUUUGAGGAACCAUACCUCUCUACUGGUUUUCUUGUGCGUCUGCAUGGUAACUCUUCUUCUGCACUUAAUUCACAAUGUUCUUCCUCACCUAACGUGUGGUAUGAGUCUUCUGAUGGUAAGGACAAACUGAAAGACUCCGGUACAUAGGUGAGAUCAUUCAAGUCUGAAGCACUACUACUUUCCUCUUUUGUUUCUUCCUCCACUAAUUGAGAAUCCUGUAUAUCAGUCUUAUAUUCCUGCACUAUUAUAUGAGCAUUAUCUGGGGUUUCUUCUAUUUCCAUAAUAGUCACAUCCCGGCUCAUAGUAACUUGUUUAGUUUCUAAGUUGUAUAAUCUGUACCCUUUUACAUUGUCUGGGUAACCAACUAAGAUAUACUUGACAGCCUUUUUGUCCCAUUUAAGUCUCUUAUUUUUUGGUAUAUGUACCAUUACAGGACUACCAAAUACUCUGACGUGACUUAAAUCAGGUUUUCUGCAUGUCCAUUUCUCAAAUGGUGUAAUAUCUCCUAGACCUGAGGCCGGCGUCCUAUUUUUAAGGUAAACUGCCGAGUUUACUGCCUCUGCCCAAAUUUUUUUUUCUAAUUUAGCCUCAGAGUAAGCAUUUAUCACGUUCAACUAUUGUCCUGUUGAAGCGCUCACAGAGGCCAUGUUGCUCGGGGGUGUACGGGUUGGUCUUUUGAUGAACUAUCCCUUCAGUUUUCAAAUAAUUUUCCAUCUCCUGGGAACAAAAUUCUCCUCCAUUAUCUGUUCUGAGCACUUUAAUUUUAUUUCCCGUUUGGUUCUCCACCAAACUUUGGUAUUCCUUAAAGUACUUUAAUGCUUGAUUCUUUUCUC